AUGGUCGCGACAGAAGGAAAAUAUUGGUCACUAACGCAGCUAGAAAAACGAGAAUCGGCGCCUAUUUUUGAAGAAGAAAAGAUGCCUCGAAUGAUGAUGGGAAACGCCCUGGUCAUAAAAACCGCAAGGGCAAAUCGUCAAGCGGUAAAACCCAUGUCUGCUUUCAGAAGAACUCCUGCUGAGGAAGACACUGACCCAGAUCCUUGGGUUGAUGAGCUGAUCAAUGAGAUCGGGAACCAACAGAAAGAAGAGGAAGAAAUGCGAGAAAAGGAAAGAAAAAGAGUCAAACAAGAUGAACGACGAAGCCGAAGACAAGUGUCCUACGAACCAGAUGUCCCCAUAUCUGGUGAACAACCGGAAAUUUCAGUCUUCCACCCAGUUAGUCGAAAAGAUAAUCCAUCGAUGAAUUCCUCUUCUGGCUUUCAAAAUAAGAGAGUUGUGAAGACAACAACGAUUUUUGGAAUCGACUGCAUGAAGGACCGGACUACGCACAUCGAAGAAUAUGCAUAUUGA